AAACCAUUUUCCCUUUGAUCUCACAGUCACAGGCACCACUUCCAUUCCUUUCCCUCUCGUGCAAAGAGCCAAAGAGCAAAAGCAGCGGCCAGCUGCUAGCGAGUGUGUGCGCUAGCUGCGCCGUUCUGGUUGGCUUCCUUCCUUAGCCCAAAGCCAAAGGCCAAAGCACGAUUACUUACACAAAGCAGAAAAGGCUUCUCAGCGUCCCCUGGCGUGUCUGGCACUGGCCGGCCUCUAGCUAGAACAACAAGCGCGCACACAUCGUGAUUCACUGCUUGAUUUGCAAUUCUGUCACAAGUAUAGAUAGAUGCGUAAUGCGACCGGCGGCAGCUGCUCUUCGUCUUCGUCUUCGUCUCGGGUGGGGCUGCAACAAGUGUUUGGCUCGCAGGCUCCUUCUCAUGGCCAGCUUAUUACCACGUCGCCUGGUCGUCCUCCCAUGGGAGAUCAGCAGGUGAUGCGCCGGGUGCCUGCUGCAGGUGAUCUGCUCCAUGGCCUGGUCUCACUCAACGUCCUGCUCCUCGCCGUCUUCCUCGUCGUCUUCCUCCUCGCCAAGCUCCUCGCUCUCCUGCACCGCCCCGGCACCGCUGCCUCCGAUGACACCACAAGGGGUCAUCAUGGUCGUGUCGACGCCGGAAUCGAUGGCGAAGGAGAUGAGCGGCGGGAGGAGGAGGCGCUGUUCUGGUUCGACGAGGCCGUGCUCGAGGACAGUGCUCUGCUUGGCCUUGCCGAUCAAGAAAAGGAUCACCAUCAUCAUCACCUGUACAGUAGUAGCAGUGAAGCUGGCAACACAGCUGCUGCCCAUUGCGUGCAGGUGGCGCAAGAGAGCUGCGCUGCCUUUAAACCCGCGGCAGAAUCUCGAUCAUCUACCGGCCGCAUCUCGAUCUCGCCGCACGAAGAGAGACAGUGCGACGACGACGACGCCACUACGGGCCUGAAGGAACAACGAGAUGCCGCCGUCGAUGGCGACGAGGUCCCCAUGGCGGCGCCCGUUCGGCAGAAUCUCCCGGCCGCCGCCACGACAGUACCGGAGAAUGCUUCCGUCCAAGAGAAGGAAGGAAGCAGAGUCAGAGGAGACGAUCCUGUUCCUGACAGCGGCGGGCAUGGCGAAGAAACAGAGGAAGCAGAGGAGGAUCAAGAAAAGGGCGCCGGCGCCGUCGGCUACAGCAGCUCCGAGGUAAAGCUGUUCGUGAACCGCCGGGCGAUCGCCGACACUCGGAAGCUCUUGCCGGAGUGCGGCGGCGCGGCCACACGGGCGCGGCGGGAGAAGGAGGAGGAAGAGGACUACGGCGGGGACGACAGCUGCAGGUUCGGCGCGUCGACGCUGACCAGCGAGUCGACGUCCAAGAGCUCGGUGGAAUGGCAGAUGAUGGGCUCCACUGUCGGCAAGGACUGCUACCCCUUCUCGUCGUCGUCCCGCCGGAGCUCGGCCCGGUGGGAGUCCUACACGCUGUUCCGCAAGUACGACGAGGACAUGGUCUACUUCCACCGCGUCGGCGCCCAGAAGCUCACCGAGACAGAGUCGUUCAGGUCGAUCAAGUACCAGCCGCGCUCGAUGUCGCAGAGGAUCACGCACAAGCUAUCCAUGGCUGCCGCGCCGGCAAUGGCGAAGCCCGGCAUCGGCGGCGACCCGGUACCGAUCGGGCUACGGGACCCGUACCCGGAGCUAGAGCGCGCCUACGUGGCGCAGAUCUGCCUCACCUGGGAGGCGCUCAACUGGAACUACACCACCUUCCGCCGCCACAACAACAGCAACGGCAACAAUGGCAAUGGCGGUGGCACGACGAUGGUGGAGGAGGCCCGGUGCUGCCCUGCGCGCGUGGCGCAGGAGUUCCAGCAGUUCCAGGUGCUGCUCCACCGCUUCAUCGAGAACGAGCCCUACGAUUCCUCGUUCCAUGGACAGCGGCGGCGGCGGCCCGAGGUCUACGCCCGCAUGAAGAACUCCUCCCCCAAAUUGCUCCUCGUCCCAGAGUUCAGAGAGGAGGAAGACGAGAAGGACGACCUGAUAUCGGCGGCGCAGUUCCUGCACAUACUGGAGGAGUCCAUCAGGACGUUCAUGGCGUUCCUCCGGGCCGACAAGCGGAGCCACUACCAGAUGUUCAGGGACAUGGUCAGGCGGCGGCGGACCAACGCCACCGACCAGGCACUCAUCAUCGACGCCCUCAAGAAAUCCAACAGCAGAAAGAAGAGCAGGCUCAAGGACCUGACGCGGCCUCGGCGGUGCCUGAGGAGGACCAAGGUCCGGGAAGAAGAGGAGAUGUCGGUGCUGCUGGGGCUCAUCGACCUCAAGGUGGUGGCCAGGGUGCUGCGGAUGCCGGAGGUCACGGACCAGCAGCUGCACUGGUGCGAGGAGAAGAUGAACAGGCUCAGGGUCGAUAUCAGGGACGGCUCGCUGCACAGAGACCCCGCGCCUCUCUUCUUCCCUGCACAUUGAAAUCCAAUGAACCUUACUUCUCCAUGCAUCCAGAGCUACUCUUUUGACCGUAAUCUGCUUUCAUUUCCUCUUCCUUUUUUACCUUGUCGAUCUCCAUUUUCUUCCUUUGCGGAUGUAGUGACAAAAGAUAAAGUUGCACUGAAUAUGCAACGCACUCAGCCAGUUUCUAGUACUACUACUUGUAUAAAAAGAGUAAGUGUGAGAUCAGGUUCAGAGAUGACGAUCGAUAUUGUAAAGGCGUACUGUAUAUGUUAAGAAUAUGUUAUCUAGAUAAAUAAAGGAUCAACCCAUAAUCUUGUACUCCUAAUA